AUGUUUUACUACCCAAAUGUCCUCCAUCACCACACCGGAUGUUUUUCCACAAUCUGGUUAGCAGCCACCAGAGGUAUCAGAGUCACUCGCAGAGAGCUUCUCAAAGUCAAUGUCAAGCGAACAUGCGGGGACAUUUUGGACUAUGUGACAGCUCAGGUUCCUGCAUCGCAACCCAACCUACCGAGGCCUCGAUUCUCUCUCUACCUGUCAUCUCAGCUGCAGUAUGGAGUGGUUGUUGUUUACCACAGGCAGUGUGGCUUCCUGCUCGAGGAGGUUCAGCAGACCAUUGACCGCCUGCUGCGCUUUAAGAGUUGCACACAUAUAAACAUGGCUGAGUCUGACAGGUUGUCCUUGGAUGUGCCCGACAACCUGUGCAUGAUGGAGGAGGCUGAGGGAGCUCAGGACCCCUUCUUCGGGCUCAUGGAGUCACACCAACUGCCCAGCCCCUAUAAAAUACACCAGCCGAUGAUGGUGACUGAAGAGGCAGGUUCACAGCACUCCCUGGUGCCCAGUCCCCACACCGCACCUGACACAGAUGGUUUCAGGUCACCUCCAGCUGCCAUCACCCUGACAGAAAAGGAGCAGUUCAUCAUCACCGCUGCUGAGUGUUUUGAGGGAGAUGACCUUCCUGUAGCCACAGCCAGAGAGAUCGACUUGUUGAUGGAUCAACCAGAUCAGUUCAGAGGAGAAGUGGAGACGGAUGAGAGGACUCGGGAACUUGAAGGCGCCAUGUCCUCUAUUGACCAGCUGAAGGAGACAGUGCUGGGAGCAGAGCGGGACAGUGUGAGGAUGUUAGACGAGGAGUCAGGUCACCCUGCGGAGGUUCCUUUGGCAGCUGUUGCCCUAGAGAUGACCCCACUGCGGGUUGCCAUGCCAACUCCUCCCUCUGGGGCAUCUGGAAAAGAGGGAGCAACAGAGGAACUGUAUGAGGAGGUGGCUGUUCCUCCUCUCAGGAAGCCCGGCGGAGGUCUCAAGCAUCAGCUGGUGUUUGUGGACCCCGAGGUCCAGAUAUCUGAAAGAGCAAUGAAGAAGCAGAUCAGUAACCCGCUGACCGAAACACUGGAAAUGUUCGAGGUACUGCUGGACUUGCCCUCCAUGACCGAGCAUGCCACUCCUGCUCAGCUCCUCGGUGCCCCCUGUGGAUCCCUGCUCCAUGCUGACCUCCAGUCACUAUGGAAACAGUGUGCCUCCAUCACUGCCCUGCUUGUACAUGGGGAAAAACAGAGGGAGGAGGAGGAGGAGGAGGAGGAGGCGAGAGGGGAGUCAGAGCAGGACAGAGAAAUACUGAGGGCAGAGAGGAAGAGAAGGCAUUCAAGCAGAAGAGAGAUAUCCAGUGAGUCAGGACUGCAACCCGCAGAGGGCUCAUCUGCAUUAGAUGUGAUCCUGGACAUGUCCAAAGAGGACAAAUCUGUAAGCGAUGUCAUCACUCCUGUCAGCAGAUGGUCUCCUCAAGAGGAGGCCCAUCCACCAAUGGAGCCCAUAGCGGAGGAGAACAUCGAGAUGCCCGAGGCUCAGACUGACACAGAGAGCAGGGACAUGCUGAGCUGGAUCUCCUUCAACCUGCAGAGGUUUGGAGAGGUCACCUUUGACUCGCUGCUGCCCCCGCAGGCCGACCGCACCACCGCAGCUCACACACUCUUCAAACUGCUGGAGCUGCUGUCUGCUCGAGAGGUGACUGUACAACAGGCCGAACCCUACAGUUACAUCACCAUACACCCCGCAGCGCUCAGGAAGACCGCCUGA